AUGGACGCUAACCGCCCGGGCGCGUUCGUGCUGAGCAGCGCGCCGCUGGCUGCGCUGCACAACAUGGCCGAGAUGAAGACGUCGCUGUUCCCGUACGCGCUGCAGGGCCCGGCCGGCUUCAAGGCACCCGCGCUGGGCGGGUUAGGCGCGCAGCUGCCGCUAGGCACCCCGCACGGCAUCAGCGACAUCCUGGGGCGGCCCGUGGGCGCGGCCGGCGGCGGCCUCCUGGGCGGCCUGCCCCGUCUCAACGGGCUCGCCUCGUCGGCCGGCGUCUACUUCGGGCCCGCGGCCGCCGUGGCGCGCGGCUACCCCAAGCCGCUGGCCGAGCUGCCCGGACGCCCGCCCAUCUUCUGGCCCGGCGUGGUUCAGGGCUCUCCCUGGAGGGACCCGCGCCUGGCCGGCCCGGCCCAGGCCGGCGGGAUCCUGGACAAGGACGGCAAGAAGAAGCACUCGCGGCCGACCUUCUCGGGCCAGCAGAUCUUCGCGCUGGAGAAGACCUUCGAGCAGACCAAGUACCUGGCGGGCCCGGAGCGCGCGCGCCUCGCCUACUCCUUGGGCAUGACCGAGAGCCAAGUCAAGGUGUGGUUCCAGAACCGCCGAACCAAGUGGCGCAAGCGGCACGCGGCGGAGAUGGCGUCGGCCAAGAAGAAGCAGGACUCGGAUGCCGAGAAGCUGAAGGUGGGCGGCUCGGACGUGGAGGACGACGACGAGUACAACCGGCCCCUGGACCCCAACUCGGACGACGAGAAGAUCACGCGGCUGCUCAAGAAGCACAAACCCUCGAACUUAGCGCUGGUCAGCCCGUGUGGCGGCGCGGGGGACGCCUUGUGAGGUCUCGCGGGGCCGGAGGGCCAGGGUGGGGCGCAGCCGGCCCUCCCCGCCUCCAGCCGGAGUUGUAUAUAUAUUUUUACAGAAUAAGUUAUAAAGCUGCCGGCUCGGGCUCGGCGGAAUCACUUUGUAUCAUCAAUAAAUUAUUUA